AGUACUUACAAAUUUGGCACCAAAAGCACAUCGUCCAGUUCCUUUGUACUUGAGAAUGGGGCGAGUUAGAAAGAGAAAUCAAUAUGUCACCAUAAAUACCCACAAACUAGAGCAAAAACCUCAAACGUAUGAAUAAGACAUUUACCAAGGCUCAGUUUAAGGACCCUCAGGUUUAUUCUAUGAGAAUGUUAAGUGCGAAUUUUUUAAAUAUUCUCAUUUUAGAUUCUCCUCCUUGGAAUAAGAUAUGGUUUGACAUCGACCUGGACGACACCCAAUUCGGGAAACUUGCAAGCCAUUUUGAUUUAAAUAAAGAACUAGACAACAUAAGAAGUGAUUACAAGCAUGCACGAGGGAAUUGGGUCCCUGCUUUGUUAACUAAAUGGUUGCAGAGGCAAGAAGGAGAUGAUGCUACUAUUUGGAAAAAGUUUGUUGAAGGACUUAGGCAUGUAGGCCAUGGUGGACUUAUUGGAACGCUAAAAAAGAAAUACAAUAUACAGUAUGCAGACAAGUAAAUCAUACAAGAAUAAACAUGUGUCAUUUUGACAUUGUAACAAACAUUAAAAUUAUA